GCCUUUUGGUUUUUUGAAAAAAUUAUUGAUUCAAUAUAUAAUUUGGCCUCCACCAGGAAUUUUGUAAGAAAAUUUGUAUUUGUGGAUGUAAAAUUUAGCAAGUAAAAUGAAUAAAUAAAUUAAAAAUUAAAAUUCUUGUGACAAGGGAAAUCACAGAAAGAUUGUAAAAAAAGGUCCAUAAAACUGCUGAUGCAUCAUCUGUCCAAGAGUUGCUCACUAUCAACCUGGAGAAUGAGGCCCCGCCCACUCUCUAUUUAAACCCCCUACGUCACCACCGCAGCUUCACACUGGAACUUGAUCUUGAGUGAGAGGAUUGAUUUCAUGAGGAAAAACUUUGGGCUGAAGACACUUUCUGCAAAGCAGUGAAGCUCCAAAUCCAGCAUCAGGCUCUUCUUCAUUAAAGUGCCCCCUCCCUCCGUGACCGAAGGUGUGAAGUGGACCCGGAGAUGCGCUCCUUCCUCCCGCUCAGCGUCUAUUGCAUCAGCCUGCUCUGCCUCCAGCAGCUGCGGGCGUCCCCGGUCGGAGAGCGCCCUGACCCCCACAGGGAGGAUUUCUUCAGCAAACUUGUCGCCCAGAAAGGCCUUUUAUCCAUCACUUCAGGAAGCCGGACCAACGCCGUCGCCACGUCUUCCCCUUCCAGCCCGCCCCAAAAAUGGAAGUCUACUUUCCUGAGACAAAUACAGGCCUUCAGACUGAAAGCGACGGCUCCCAACGUAGCAGAGGCGAAUCCCACAGAGCCUCUGCACCCCCAGCAGAGGGCGCUAAGAGCCCGGCGCCAAGCGCACCAUCGAGGGGUCCACCAAUACCCCCAUAAUGCUCAACUGAUGAGGGUCGGCUGCUUCUUGGGGACAUGCCAAGUCCAGAACCUCAGUCAUCGUCUGUAUCAACUCGUUGGCCAGAAAGGCCGAGAAGAGUCCUCCCCCUUUAACCCAAAGAGCCCCCACAGUUAUGGAUGAGAUAGAGCACCCCCCCACGCCCCCUCUAAUUUUUCCUUAUCUUUAAAUGUUGUCCUUGCAUUAAAGAUGAAUGUAGUCAGAGUCAGUUCCACCCAACGUAGUUAAGGGGUGCCUUAUUCUAAUAGGUGUAGACUAAAUCCCUCCACCCAGACAGGGGCAUUUGCUUUUGGAAAAUUUCCCACCUGGAUCUACGAAAAGCUGACUGAUUUUUUUUGUGCCGCCUGACCUCCUGUAGCUCACUGAACCAUCGCUUAAGCCUUCCACGGGGACUUUAACCUUGCAGCGUGAGCUGGAGCUUUGUCAGAGCCCGUCUUUUUUCCGACGAUCAAGCGAACGACCUCCAUGAACCUCCUUCACCUCCUUCAAGGAGGUUCCAGCAUCACCUGGAGGGACUGAUAAAAGAAAGGAUAUUAGGACUUUUUCCCUGAAUAAGUCAAUGCUUUGACUUAGGAUUUCAUGCAGAAAAGCAGUCAGUUUUAUUUUUAACUAUUACACUGGCUGCUGCGCUGGCAAAGACUUUGGCAAACGUGGAGCUGUGGGUUCUUCCUGGUUGGACUUUAUACACCUACUUCUGUCAGAUAUUUCAGCGUAAAAGAGAACGUGAACGGGGUUCAAUGCUUAGAAGUAGUUUAGCCUUGACAUCCGUAUGUUAAAGGCCGGAUUCCCCAAAAUACCAGCAGGAAAACAAACACUAAAAGUACAUUUUCUUUCUUUUGUAACCAGUCUUCAAAAGUUUGUUAGUUAUUUCCUAGUGGUGGUUGGGACCCUAUUUGGUUUGGUUUUUUUAAACUCUUCUUAUGAGUCGAGGCCAUAAUGAUGUGCUACAAGUUGCCAAAGGAAAAUGGCAAUACAAAUCGGCUUUUGAGACACACUGAUUAGCCUUUUUUUUCCUAACUGUUACUAAGCUGGUCUAAAAAAAGAGGCCAAAAAGUUUCAAAAAGGAGCGGAAAAUAGCAGGGCGCUUGCAUAAACACAUGCUUGUAGUCCAUUCUCCAAAUUUGUGGGUGGAUGAGGAAAGCCUUCAAUUUUCAAUACCAUAAAACACUAUAAAGCCGGGUUUCAAACUCAGUUUACCCUGGAGCGACUGAAGGCGGAGUCUGGCUUGUAUGGGGUUCCAUUUUGUCCAUAUCUUUGGUCCAUUGUCUACGUCUACUGAACAAGUUUAUUGGACAUUCGUUCAUGUCUAUGUACUUCUAAGCAAUAUCUUCUGUGAAAUGACAUGAGCUAAAGCGCUAGCAACUGAUUUUUCUGACGACCAGAUCCAACAACAAAAGCAAAUACUACAACAAUACAACACAAAUACAAGAAAGUGUGGACAUGCAGAAGAUAUUGCUUUGUAGACCCUGAACUUUCAUAUUAAGACAGGGGCCGCAAAUGGCCGCCAUUUUGAGACCCCUGCUAUAAAGCAUUGUACACUGCUAACUUUGAAGGCUUACACGAUCACUGUAAGAGUUGUUUGCAUAGAAGUUCACAUAACUAAUCUAUAAAUAUCAUCACUUAAUACCUGGUAAUACUUGACAAGUUAAUUUUCCAUUCUUUCCUCCCUUAAAGUGUGUUUUUUUCAUUAGCUUCUCUUGUUUUUUGCUCUUAUCAGGUUCAGAUUCAAGAAUAGCUGAGAGAAGUCUCUCAGCUGUAUUGUUUUAUCCCAUUAAAUGGUUUUAAUCUCUUUAGAAGAAGCCUUUCAGUUUUGUUUUUUUUUAAAGUUACACUAUUUUCCCCCUUACAGCAAAGGUCGCUUUUGUCGUCAACUGUUGCGUCACACACGGAGAGUUUUCUGAGUGAGCAGAAAGUGUUUUUUUGUUAGCUUUGCGAGUCACAUGACCUCCUUUUCAGUCACAGGAAAGCACUUUAACGCAAGCGUGUUGAUGUUUUGUCGCUACUUGAACUUCGCUCGAUGUAAAACUUGAGAAAUCUGGAUGACGUCCUUCUGCCAAUGUUGCCUUGAGAUUGUCUGCAAAUGUGUUUGAAAAUGUCUGUGCACUCCGUCAGGAAGACUGCACCUGUGAAGAAUAGAAAUAAUAUGUUAAACCAAAGUAUUUAAAGUUUAUUUAAGUAUUUAAGUUAUCUCUGUAUGUUGAUAUCUGUAUGUUACCAAAGGCUAUUUAUCUUAUCUUUGCUUGUUUAAAUAUGAAAGGAAGUUGUGACUGACUGUUGUUGUUUUACUGUGUCUUUAGGUUUGUAAAAUAAAGAAAUAUACAAUAGAGA